CACCUCAACACUCACUAUAUAUAACCCUCUCUCUUUAACAACACACAAUCAAAUUUUAUCACUCUCUCUCAAAAUUAACCAUGCCCUUGUCCAAAAUAGCUGCGGAGAACUAUGUACCUAGCUUGGUGGUGGUGAGGCCGUACGAGCAAGAGAGAGACAAGGCGGCCGUGGAGGAACUCGAGCGCCGGUGUGAGGUCGGGCAGCCCGGGAAGCCCUCGCUGGUGACCGACCUCAUGGGAGACCCUAUUGCCAGAGUCCGCAACUUCGUCUCCCACAUUAUGCUGGUGGCUGAAUACGAUGAUGGGAAAGAAAUAGUUGGGGUGAUAAGAGGGUGCAUCAAAACGGUGACAAGUGGAAAGAGAAGGUCAAGCUCUCCAAUUUAUGUGAAGUUGGCUUAUAUUCUUGGAUUAAGGGUUUCAUCCUCACACAGGAGGCUUGGCAUUGCAACAAAACUUGUCCAAGAAUUGGAGGAGUGGUGCAAAAAAAAUGGAGCAGAAUAUGUCUACAUGGCUACAGAAUGCAGCAAUCAAGCAUCCUUGAACUUGUUCAUUCAAAAAUGCAACUAUGUCAAAUUCCGAAAUCCAACGGUCCUCGUGCAGCCUGUUCAUUUUCACCACAAGCCGUUGCCAUCAGAGAUCACAGUCGUCCAAGUUCCUCACACUCUAGCUGAGUCAUUGUAUUGGAACAUAUUUUCAGGCUCGGAAUUCUUCCCUAAAGACAUCGACCGUUUACUAAGUAACAAACUCAAUUUGGGCACUUUCAUGGCGUUACCAAACAAAUUACUCCCAAAUUGGGACCCUAACACCGGUGAAUUACCCGCGGCUUUCGCCAUACUUAGUGUUUGGGACACAAAGGAAGUGUUUAGGUUAAGAGUGAAGGGAGUGUCGAGCCUAACACAUGCUGCCUGCCUAGGAACUAGGGUUGUUGAUGUUAUGGCACCAUGGCUUAAAAUCCCAUCAAUUCCUAACAUUUUCAAGAAUUUCGGAUUUUACUUCAUGUACGGACUUCACAUGGAAGGUAAAGACGGUCCGAGACUAAUGAAAUCGCUAUGUAAUUUGGUGCAUAAUAUGGCUCGGAAUGACUCUGAUUGUAGGGUCGUGGUGGCUGAGGUGGGCCAGAACGACCCCGUUCGAGAAGCUGUUCCGCAUUGGAAGAAAUUCUCGUGGGAUGAAGACAUUUGGUGUAUAAAGAGAUUUGGAAAAGUCAAUCAGGAUUGGUACAAGUCUCCUACUUCGACUAUAUUUGUUGACCCACGCGAUCUUUGAUCAUAAUUAAUAAACUGUGCUGUUUUAAAUUAAUGUACGAUAAUGUUGUAGCUUGUUCCAAUUCUGCCAAGUAAUGGAUAACUUAGGAGUUUAGGAUUUUGUA